AUGCCUUAUGUAUCUCACCAAUCUAUAAGAACACCAUCCACGACACGAAAACCAAGCAUUUCAUCUUCUCCAGGAGGUGGCCCGCGAGCUCCGUAUGUUUCAUUAUCGCGUUCUGGAUCCACUAAAGUUAAAUCAGAAUCACCUGCUCCUGCUGCAGUUAAACCUAGGUUUCAUAUGUUGGAAAAUGGAAGUCAUGAACAUAACCUUCGAUCAGCUAAACGUCAAGAAAAGUUGUCUAACAUGUUGAAGGAUUUCCUUGGUGCUAAAAAGAGAAGAGAUGAAGCAGUAUCGGCAGUUCCAGAUAUACUAGGGAGCCCAAUAGCAAAUGGAACUGAACUGCAAGCGAAUGCCCAGAAACCACCUACAUUGUUUGCUAGUUUGGUUGCACAAGCUAAGAAUGAUCCUAACUUCAACAAGACUUCCGACUUAUCUGCUGGUCCCGAUUGUAGAUCAUUUGUGGAAAAGUAUGGAAGAUGUCAAGAAGUUAUCGGACGUGGUGCAUUUGGUGUUGUUAGAGUUUCCCAUAAGAAGAAUUUGACUUCGUCAAUUGAAAGUUUAUAUGCGGUUAAGGAAUUCAAGAAACGUGUUAAUGAAAGUGACAAGAAAUAUCACCGUCGAUUAACAUCUGAAUUUUGCAUUUCAUCAUCAUUGAAGCAUAUCAAUAUCAUUGAUACUUUGGAUUUAUUAAAGGAUGCUAAUGGCGAUUAUUGUGAAGUUAUGGAAUUUUGUUCAGGAGGUGAUUUAUAUACGUUAAUUAUUGGACAAGGGAAAUUGGAAUAUGCGGAAGCUGAUUGUUAUUUCAAACAGUUGAUUCGUGGGGUUAACUAUAUUCAUGAAAUGGGGGUUGCUCACCGUGAUUUAAAACCCGAGAAUUUAUUAUUGACUCAAAAUGGGAUUUUAAAAAUCACUGAUUUUGGUAAUAGUGAAUGUUUUAAGAUCGCUUGGGAACGAGAAAUCCACUUAUCAGAAGGGAUUUGUGGAUCUUCUCCUUACAUUGCCCCGGAAGAAUUUACCGAAGAGACGUUUGAUCCUCGAUGUGUUGAUGUCUGGUCUUGUGGUGUGAUUUACAUGGCUAUGCGUACAGGAAGACAAUUAUGGAAAUUGGCUGACCCGGAAAAGGACGAAUUUUACCAAGAAUAUCUCACCAAGAGAAAGGAGGAAGGUGGGUAUGAACCUAUUGAAAGCUUAAAGAGAUUAAGAUGCAGAAAUGUCAUUUAUUCUAUAUUGGAUCCUAUUCCGGGUAGAAGAAUCACCACCAGACAAAUAUUAAACAGUGAGUGGGGAAGAGAAAUCAAGGUAUGUGAAGCCGGUGAAGGGAAAUGUAAAACUAAUGAGCAACUUGAAGGUAAAGAAAUAUUAGUUGGUGGGCUUUAG